AUGCCCCCUCACUCACACCCCGCACACGGAGGAGAAGAAGAGGAGGAGGAUGACUACAUGUCGAUGGUGAUCGAGGAGCCGCAGCAGAAGGAGACAUUUGCUCAAAAAAAGCUCCGCAAGCAACGAGAGGCAGAAGCUCGCGCCAAAGUCCCCUCGAAAGCUGAACGUGCUGCCGAAGAAGCCGCCCGUCGAGAUGCAGCCCUGUCCAAGAGCACGCUGGACCCCUCUAACAAGGGGUUCCGAAUGAUGGCCAAACUCGGGUUCAAACCCGGUCAAACUCUAGGAAAGCAGCAGACAUCAAACGGAGAUAGUGAGCCCUCGCAUGACGCUAAAGAGGAACGUGUACGAUCCGAGCCGCUGAAUCUCGUGUUCAAAGAGGGCCGCGGAGGCAUUGGUUUGGACAGUGAGAAGAAGCGCAAAUUCCGGGAAGAGGCGGAAGAGGCUUUCAAGAAGGUUAAGCAGGAAGAAGGAGAUUACAGGGACCGCGUUCGGCAAGAGCGCGAGACGCGACGGACGGAAGCGCAAGUGCACGCGGCGCAAAAGGUAGCGGAGCGAUUAGAUGCCGAGGCUGAGGCUGAGGCUGCGGAUGGGGACGUGGAAACUGGAGAGGCGAGUCAAACGGAGAAAGAGGAUACAAUCCCGGAUAGGGAGCAGUCCCGCGAUGAGGGCUCAUCGGAAGAUUUGGCCGGUGACUCGCGCGCCGCACACGCCAAGGUGAAGGUCAAGCCCACCUCCCAGAUUAAUGUCUUGUAUAGAGGCUUAGUGCGCGAGCGUGAGGAGAAGGAGCGACCCCUGCAAAUGCGCCACGCUCUUCAGACUUCACUCCCUUCGUCAUUCUUUCCGAAUCCUCAGUUACCAGGGUACAACGAUCCUACGCUUGAGCCAGACGACAAAGAAGCACUCGGCUCCGGGCACGAUACGUCUACAAUACUGGAACAAGAAUUGGAGGAAGAAGACCCAGAACUUGAUGAGUUCAACGCGCUGGAUCCGAGUGAACGGCUGGCCCGGUUAGUCGUAUAUCUGCGUGAGCGACAUCGAUACUGUUUUUGGUGCAAGUAUCGCUACGAGACUGAUGAGAUGGAGGGAUGUCCUGGUCUCACUGAAGAAGAUCAUGAUUGA